GACACUGCCACUGUACGAGUACUAUAAGGAUUUGGUUCUAAAGAUUGUUAGUAGCACAAUCUAUUUACUAUACCAAAAAAAUACUACUAUUUGGUUUAUUUAUUUCAAUUCAAAGUUUGAAGCUUCUUUCUGACGGUGGCGCAUCAAAACCGUUGGAUUAAGAAAGGUCACAGGAUCUUACAAUGAGCUUGUCACACGAGAUCAUAACCCACGCUCUCUCUCUCUCUCUCCUCCCAAUCGCUCGUCGCCGCCGAUCGGAGAGACGCUUUAGCAAUCGGCUUAAUCCUCUUCGACUCGAUUGGCUGAAACUUCAUCGCUAUUGGCAUUAAAAAAUAGCGUCUCUUCGAUUUCUGAAUCAAAGCUGAUGGAGGCAGAUGAGAGAUUAGGUUUUGCAAUUCUCUGCCGGAAUCCAUGCUUGCCCGCGAAGAGAAAAGUUCGAGAGAGAAAAAGUUCAGAUACACACGAUGCACCACCGUAACUUCAUACAUAGAAUCCAAAUCUAACGGUUCAGAAUCAAUUUGCAAAAGUGAUCUUUCUUCCUACAAGGCCUCUUCCAAUCCAGAAGGUGAUGCACUGAAUGCAUUGAAGAACAACUUGCAGGAUCCUAACAAUGUUCUUCAAAGCUGGGAUUCUACCCUUGUCAAUCCCUGCACGUGGUUUCAUGUUACAUGCAAUGUUGAUAGCAGCGUGACCCGUGUUGAUCUUGGAAAUGCGGCACUUUCUGGUACACUGGUUUCAAACCUUGGCGAUCUCCCAAAUUUGCAGUACUUGGAACUUUAUAAUAAUAAUAUAACAGGUAAAAUCCCAGAAGAGCUAGGAAAUUUGGUAAACUUGGAGAGUUUGGAUCUUUACUUGAACAAUAUGAGCGGUACUAUACCUAAUACAUUGGGCAAGCUUCAAAAACUGCGUUUCCUGCGUCUCAAUAAUAACACCCUGACGGGCCGCAUUCCCUUGUCUUUGACAAAUGUUUCUUCGCUGCAAGUUCUUGAUCUCUCAAACAACAAUCUAGAAGGGGAUGUUCCAGUGACUGGUUCGUUUUCAUUGUUUACCCCUGUCAGUUAUAAAAAUAAUCCUCGCUUGACACAACCGAGAAUCGUUCCUGUGCCAACUCCUCCAUUGUCACCAGCCUCUUCAGGUAGCAGUAAUACUGGAGCUAUUGCUGGAGGAGUUGCUGCUGGUGCUGCUCUGUUGUUUGCUGCCCCUGCAAUUGCACUUACUUAUUGGCGAAAAAGAAAACCACGUGCUCAUUUCUUUGACGUUCCUGCUGAGGAAGAUCCUGAAGUUCACCUUGGUCAGCUUAAAAGGUUUUCUCUACGUGAGCUGCUAGUAGCGACAGAUAACUUCAGUAACAAACACAUUCUAGGUAGAGGUGGAUUUGGAAAGGUUUAUAAAGGACGUUUAGUUGAUGGCAGUCUUGUAGCAGUAAAAAGACUUAAAGAGGAACGUACACAAGGCGGGGAGCUGCAAUUUCAAACAGAAGUUGAAAUGAUCAGCAUGGCUGUGCAUCGUAAUUUGCUCCGGCUUCGUGGUUUUUGCAUGACAUCUACUGAACGCUUGCUUGUGUAUCCUUUCAUGGCCAAUGGAAGUGUAGCAUCAUGUUUACGAGAACGUAAUGAUUCUGUUCCGCCACUUGAGUGGCCUAGGCGAAAAAAUAUUGCGCUGGGAUCUGCUAGGGGGCUUGCUUACUUGCAUGACCAUUGUGACCCUAAGAUUAUUCAUCGUGAUGUGAAAGCUGCAAAUAUAUUGUUGGAUGAGGAUUUCGAAGCAGUUGUUGGAGAUUUCGGUUUAGCAAAGCUUAUGGAUUAUAAAGAUACCCAUGUUACUACAGCUGUCCGUGGUACGAUUGGGCAUAUAGCACCGGAGUACCUGUCAACUGGAAAGUCUUCAGAAAAGACUGAUGUUUUUGGAUACGGUGUGAUGCUUCUUGAACUAAUAACUGGACAGAGGGCUUUUGAUCUAGCACGACUUGCCAAUGAUGAUGAUGUGAUGUUGCUUGAUUGGGUUAAAGGACUUCUCAAAGACAAGAAGUUGGAAACACUUGUAGAUGCAGAAUUAACGGGAAAUUAUGAUGAUGAUGAGGUAGAGAAGUUAAUCCAAGUGGCUUUACUAUGCACACAAGGGUCGCCGAUGGAAAGACCAAAGAUGUCUGAGGUGGUGAGAAUGCUAGAAGGUGAUGGUUUGGCAGAAAAAUGGGAGCAAUGGCAGAAAGAAAAGACGUAUCGACAAGAUUUUAACAACAACCACAUGCAUCACCCUAAUGCAAAUUGGAUGAUAGUCGAUUCAACUUCACAUAUCCAGCCAGAUGAACUCUCAGGUCCAAGAUGAUCCUUUCAACAUUCGGUCAUAUCAACAAAGUGAAUACACAAUCCUUCCUCUACCUGAAGAUGCUCUCUGUUGGAAAGAGAUAAACUUGAUUAUUUUUUCAUAUAAUUUUCACCCUCUCUUCUACUUAAUAUUUUAUUAAUUAGUGUCUUGUGAGACUAAGAUGAUACAAUGUCAAAAUAGAAAAAUUUAACCAAUAAACAAGAUUCAAAUC